AUGGAAGAUCAACCUUGUGAGCCAGUCCUUGAGCCACUACAACUAGAUUCUAAAAGCAAAGGAGGAGUCUUUGAUGAAGAGGGUAAUCCUUCUCUGCAGACUGGCCUCUGUGAAACUGAUAGAAUGGAACAACAGUCACCCCAAAUAAAAAAAAAUGAUACUGAGGAGAAAUUUGUCAACUAUAGGGAAGAAGAUUUGCAGGUCCUUACAGUCAUUACUAAGCAAGAUUUUUGUGAUAUGGCUUCUGCCCACAUUCAACAAAAUGACUGUGAACAGAAAACAAUGGAGAAAAAAAGUGUACAUCAUUUUGAUGAAGAGUCCCUUAAUUCAGAACCAGUUAUUGAAGAUGUGUGUCCAAAAAUAACAGAGUCUGAAAUUGUUCAGGAAACAGACUGUCAUUCAGUGCUUCAACAAGACCAUAUAUUGCUGAGCCGAAGUGAUUCUCUGCAGUCUGGCAAGAAGACAUAUAAGGAGGAGGAGGAGGAGGCCUUCUACAGCAAUGGAGAGGAGGAAGAACCAAUUGCAGACAUUCUGCUUGAAACACAUUUACAAGACUAUUCUGGAUCCAUUUUAUCAUCAUCUGAACAACACUCUCCAAAUUCAACACCAAAUCAGGAACAACAAGAGGUCACCAAAAAAAUGAAAAACAGAUCAGUACCAUCAUGGAAAAGCAGUUCUUUACCUGUGGUAAAGCUGAAGAGGAGAAAUUCUGCUAAAAUGCCUCAAAAGACACAUUCAAAGACCUGCUUGCAUCUUUGCCAAAUAUGUGGAGAAAGGUUUCAAGAGAGUCCAUACUGUUGCACUGAAUGUGGUAGAAGAUUCACAAAGAAAAGUCACAAUGAAGAUAAACAAUAUAGCUGUAGCAUAUGUAAUAAGUGGUUUGCAACAAAAGCCUAUCUUCAGAUCCAUAUGAGAAUUCAUACAGGCGAGAAGCCAUAUUGUUGUACUGAGUGUGGCAAGAAAUUUAAAGUGAAGAGUUACCUUCGGUUACAUAUGAGAAUCCACACAGGAGAGAAACCAUUUUGUUGUACGGAAUGUGGCAGGUCAUUUACAUGGAAAAACAGUCUUCAAAAACAUCAGAGAAUUCACAUAGGAGUAAAAUUUUAA